AAAAUGUAAGGACAUUUCAAGAACGCGGUUAGACUGUAAAAAGUGAAACCACUCGUCGAGACUUCGGAUUACCCCAAUAGGUGGUGUAGAAUAGGAAGAACCCGGGGGUUAGUUUCUGCAUUUGUCUAUAUGUAGUAGAGAUACUCGGGCUGUAGCUCAACAAGAUCCCAAUGCGUGUUUCUUCCGCCAGUAACCCCGGUUUAUGUGUUGUUGUGCUGUCCCGUCCAACGGUGUGGAAUGUCUGAAAGCGACUUUUUACAAGAGGAAAACGACUUGUUCCACGGAUGUGAGAGCUUCGAGGACAAUGGUAAAAGGUUAAAGAGAAGAGAGAAGAACAGAGUAGCUGCACAGAGAAGUCGCAAAAAGCAGAUGCAGAAAGCAGACAAAAUCCAUGAGGAGUAUAAGUGCCUUGAGUAUGAGAACUGCUCCCUGAAAAAAGAUGUGGAGAAGCUAACCGACGAGUUGAGGCAUUUGACUGAGGCAUUAAAAUGCCAUGAGCCGAUAUGUCCCUUAAUACACUGUGCCAUGAACUUAAUGUCCGUGCCCCGACCAGAAGUCAUAAUGCCAAGAUAGAGACAGAUUGGUCUGUUUUGUUUCACCCAAAUGCAGGAACUUUUCAAGUGAACAGGUGCAGAUAGUUGCAGCCUUCUCAACUCAAGUGCUACUUUUCCAUCUGCACAAUGAAACCAGUCUGUAAAACUCAAUCUGAUCUUGCUCCAGGAUCAAACUCGGGCUGCUGCCAUUUCCAUCUGCAGUCUACAAUCCAAUCUGCAACAAGAUAUUAAAAGUCAAAAGAUCACCUGUAUGUAUCCCAUUUUUGUGUAAUUUCUAUUUGUAAGUUAAUUCAAUAUUCACCUUCCUCGUGUUCUGCCUUCAUAUAUUUUUUCCUGCAGCACAAGAUUUAAAACAUUAGGUAACUUCCAUCAGUGCGAGUUGGAGAGAUUGAAUUCUCCCAGCCUGCUUUCCUAACAGGGUCACACAGAGUGCCAGUUGAAAUUAAUUUGCAAGUCUGCAAAUUGAGCAAGUCUGGUUUCAAAUUGUUCUUAAUCUAGUAGCAGGUGGACAUAUGGCAAAAGUAAUUUAAUUUAAAGCGUUUCUUGGUUUGGAAGCCACAGCUGUUCCAUAAGCAUUCAUUUUUGUAUCCAAAUCCUUUGUAGAACUUUCAGAACCAUUGUUAUGUUUUACAUAUUAUGUUCUGGGCAGAUAGCACUGCUGAAUAGGCAAAAUAUAUAGAGGUCUUUGUACCAAAAUGCAACUUAAGUUAUGGUUAGUUAAUUCUCUUGUGAACCAUAGCAAAAGUAUUAAAAAAUACCAAACAUAUAAUUGAUUAGGGAUUGAGAGUUCAAUAGGCAGUUCUGCUUUAUCAGUCCCUACAGGUGUGUGGUCAUUAAAAGCCAAACAAAACUCAGGGUUUUUGAUAAUCUGGCAUCUACCAAUGUGGCCUUGCUCCAUGCUGUUUCAAUAACAUGUCCUUGGUGGUUUCAGUUAUGGUUUGUGUUUAUAACAGAUACAAAAAUCAGUUUUUUUUUGUUGAGUUCCCUCUUUAAACUGGUUUAAUUUUAUAGAACCAAUAAGUUUAGCCAUAUUAUGAGUUGCUUAGUCUAAAAUAUGUUCAAGAGCUUAGCAACACCUUAUUUGAUCGGCUUAAGGUUUACCUUGCCCUGAUUUUGAAAUAGUGAUCAAUGAUGCUUGAUGCUGCCAUCUAGUGAGAGCUACGGGAAGUAUAUUUUACACCUUUUCAUAGAUAUCUGUUGUUGUACAUGGUAGGGUUUGUUGAUGGAGUAGGAAGAUUGUUUGCACUAGGUACUAAAGGGUUAAUGGGUACUAUGAUUUUAAUUAGAUUUCUUUCUACAUUAACUUUUAUGUCUCUACGAAUGUGAAACAGUAACCGUUUUCUUUAAUAUUUAUCAGAUGUUGAGUGUUCAUGAGUCGUACUUACAUUUUAAAUGUAGCUAGCUAUGACAAAAUGUUUUUCAUUUAUUUUACUACUUGAUUAUAAAGGAGGCUAUAUUAUUGAUCUAUGUAUUAAUCCGACUGGCAGGUUUGCGUGUUUUAGGGUGGCAUUAUUAAGAUUGUCCACUAUUUAGAUACAAAAAAAAAGACUAUGCAUUUUCUCAAUUGUUAAAUAAUUAAACCUAAAAAGGGCCAUCUGUCUAUAGUGUCCCAGAAUGAAUCUUAUGUGCUGAAUCUAUAGAUCUCAUGUUACCCAGAGUAACCACCAUUCUUUUUUUUAAAUCCCUAGUGGUUGUAAUAGGCAGGUUUUACUGUACUUCAAAGGGUAGUAUUAAACUGUCAGCAGUCACUGAAUGCUAUUAACUGCCUGAAAUUUGAAUUUUUUUGUUUUUGUUUUUACUGUAUCUUAUAGUGAA